GGUGACACUCACGAACUGCUUUCCCGGCGUUAUACUCGGUGGUUUGCUCAACACCUACACCUGUAAAGUGAACAAUGACCAAACACUGAUUGGUUUGGACCUCUCCGCCUCGUACUAUCAUAAAGGAGACCUCAUUACUGGGUGGCCGGCGACUCUUGAUGUUGAAAACAAUAAAAUUACAUUCGUUCCUGAUCAUGGGGUGGCUUCAGGGCGUUGGGAAUUGGUCAUCACGCGGCCUUCUGGGGACGAGGACUUUGACGUUCCUCUGACGACCAAUAAGAGCAUGGACUUCAUGCGCAUCGGUGCGACCCGUGCGAAUUUUUUUACACUCUAUCCGUAUUAUGGUAUGGGUGUAUCGUUUGCACCCAAUCUUCCGAGUGGCA